AAACAUAACUUUCUUGUCACAAUUUACAAAUAAUGUCUUUCUAUUCUUUCCUCUAAGAAAAUCCAUUUACUUAUUUUAUUAUUUUAAAAAGCGUAUGAAGUGCAAAGAAAUUGAAAGUAAUGAAGCGAAGAGUAUUCAGUUUAGCGCGUAGGUUCAUCCGAGCCUUACUUAAAGACAGUGUCAUACAAAACCUCAAGAAUGAUCCUGGGCAGCAAGCAGCAAGUUUUUCUACAAUGCCCAUUCGAUUUACCAAUUUAUCGAACACCUUAAUGACUACCGAAUUAAAAGAUGUUUCUUAUGGUAAUGCGCAAAAGUUGGUAAUUCCAUCUACACCGUUGUUUCACAAACCAACCUUGAGUUAUUUUCAAAACAGAAAUAAUCUCAAAAAUAUGAAUCUAUCAAAAAAUGAUAUCAAUAAACCAUCUUCGUUAAAUUUUUCUAAUCAAGGGGGCGGUUUAAAAGAUUGUUUAUUAAAGAAAAUACAAGAUAAGGAUUGCAAAUCUAAGAAAGUAACUGUGGUUGGUGCCGGCAGUGUUGGAAUCGCUUGUGCUUAUACAAUUCUAGCCCAAAAGGUUAGUAAUCACAUCUGCUUAAUUGACGCAAUGAAGAAUAAAUUAGAAGGUGAGGCGUUGGAUAUUCAGCAUGGAUCCACAUUCUCUUCGAAUCUUCACGUGGAACACUCUACGGAGUAUAGCAUCAGCGAGGGUUCUAAAGUUUGCAUUGUUACUGCAGGCGCUCGCCAAAAAGAAGGAGAAAGUCGUUUGAGUUUGAUGGGUAGAAAUGUGGCUAUCAUGAAAGCAGUUAUUCCAAAUUUGGUUAAACAUUCCCCUGAUACUGUCAUUUUAAUUGCUUCGAAUCCAGUCGACAUUAUGACCUUCUUGUCGUGGAAAUUGAGUGGGUUACCUAAAGGAAGAGUUGUUGGUGCUGGAACAAAUUUAGAUUCGGCAAGGUUUCGGUAUUAUAUCGCUCAAAGAUUGGGAAUUGCUCCUGGAAGUUGCCAUGGAUGGAUAAUUGGUGAACACGGAGACUCAAGCGUUGCUCUUUGGUCUGGUGUAAACGUAGCUGGAGUUCGUUUGGUGGAUUUAAAUCCACGUAUAGGACAGAAAGACGAUCCUGAACGGUGGAGUGAGGUUCACAGGCUAGUUAUUAGCAGUGCCGGUGAUGUGAUCAAAUUAAAAGGGUACACUUCAUGGGCUAUUGGUAUGUCUGUUGCCGCAUUGACGAGUGCUAUUUUGGGAAAUCUUGGAUCUGUACAUGCUGUGUCUGUGCCUGUUCAGGGUUUUCAUGAUAUACAGGAAGAUGUAUAUUUAUCGCUUCCGGCGUCUUUGGGAUCCAACGGAGUUAAUGACAUUGUUAUUCAAAAUCUUGCUGAAGAAGAAAAGUGUGAAGUUGUGAAAUCAGCUCAACUCUUACAUACUGUACAAAAAGAUAUAAAGAUGUAACUUUUUUUUUUAAUUUCUUUUGAUAAAUUCUUGUCUAAAUGUA